AAGAAAUUUGGCAGGGUAUUUAUCUCGGACAAAAAAUUCAGAGCAUCAAGAAGAAAAAAGACAAAAAAAAAAGAAAGAAAGAAGGAUUAAAGAGAGAAGCAGAGACAUGGCUCGUAGCAUCUCCUAUGUGACAGGCUCUCAGCUUCUCUCUAUCAAAAGCCGCCCUAAUAUUGCUAUCAUCGAUGUCAGGGAUGAUGAGAGGAGUUACGAUGGGCAUAUAGCUGGGUCUCUGCACUUUGCUAGUGACACUUUCAGUGACAAGAUCUCCCAUCUCGUUCAGCAAGUUAAGGGAAAAGAUACCCUUGUUUUCCACUGCGCUCUCAGUCAGGUUCGUGGACCAACUUGUGCACGAAGGCUUGUCAACUAUCUUGAGGAGAUGAAGGAAGAUACAGGAAUAAAGAAUAUUAUGGUUCUGGAACGUGGCUUUAAUGGCUGGGAAGCUUCUGGUAGACCUGUUUGUCGCUGCACUGAUGUUCCCUGCAAGGCCGAGAGUGCAUGAUAAUUUGUUGAAAUGAAUCUCGGAUGGGAAGGAAGCAUAUUCAUGCUGUGACCAUCCGCAUACACUACCGGUUUACAGAAUGGAUGACUAAACAAUUAUAUACUUCAUAAUAUAGAAUGUGUAACCUUUUGUUGGUCCAACAUCAAAUUUAUAGCCUUUGAACUGCUCCAAGGCGGCUGAUCCAUCUUUUUGCUUAGUUUCUUGGGCAACUUUUCAAUCAUAAUGAAUGGAAAAACAAUUUGCUGUUAA